AUGCAUAUGUGUCCGUAUUCUGACGUAACUUUGUUUGCGGAAACGGAACAGUUCCUCCUGACAGCACUGGUGCGCGAUAUAAAGUGGCAAGCUUUCUACCGACUGCGCAAGAGGUCGGACCGCGAGGGGUGUGUGGAGGAGGGACUAAAUGUAGCAAAAUGCUCCAGAGCUAUCCAGAGUUCAACAUGGAAAGAAAUAUACACAGCAGACCGAGCCGUGGAUGGGAACACGGGCAAGAGGUUUUACGGAGACACGUGUUCACACACUGACUGCAAGGACGACAACCCAUCCUGGACUCUGUGUCUGGACAAUAUGCAAACUGUCAGAUCAGUUACUAUCCACAAUCCUGAUAAAGCAAAAGGCCGCCUAAAGAACAUCAAGAUUGACGUAUACACAGAGAACCCCAGCAACCCUGGAGCGGUACCAACAUCAUGCGCCACUAUCGGCAGCACGCCCGUUGCCGAUGGAAUCUCGGUGAAGCUUGACUGUCCACUGAAUGUGGUUGGUCGGUAUAUUAAAAUUAGCAAGACGUCUACAAUGGCCAGAGAUUGGCGAUGGCGAAACUACAUGUGUGAUGCCCUAGUUCUUUGUGAGGUUGAGGUGAAUGCAACAACAGUUGUCAGCUGUCCAAACGGGUUCCGUCCAUUCGGAGGUUCUUGUUACUUCGUUUCUGAUUCUGACGUGGCGAAUUGGUAUGAAGCCGGGGUAUGA